AUGUACAACAAAAUAAUACCCGCAAUCUUCCUGGCUGGCCAGGCCCUCAAUGCGGCAGCACUCCCUGCCACUACAAUCACAAUCCACAGCACUAUAACCAGCACGACAGUAGUCCCUGCCACAACCGAAGCCGCUGGCCUCAACCCUUCAAACGCUGCUACUCCAGCUGGUUUCUCGCCCGAAGCCAACUCUAUCCUUACUACACUCAGUAGUUUCAGCGAUGCUUCGCCUUCUCAUUCGACUCGGCUCACCAUCACUGUAACCGAGACCGAGGCCAUGCCAUAUCCGAUCCUCAUUACCGUGACUGAUUAUCACUGUCCCACUCCCACUUCUGAGGUUGCUCCUAGCACAUCCGCUGCUUCGCCAGAAAGCACUUCAGUCACUGUCUCGAUUACUGCUACUCCAGCGCCCUCGAGCGUCGCAUCGUCCUCUGAGACGACCCCGUCUUCCGAACCCACUAAGCCUUCUUCUUCGUCUGCCCCUGCAACUACUGCAUCAAAAGCUUGCGUCUUCCCAAUCCCCGAUAAAUAA